CCGCAUAUUGCUCGUCCAGCACACACGUGGCAUGGCGUCGCUCAAGAAGGUCUCGACGCUCGGGAAGCGCAAGAAGUCCAUCGACGCCGAAGACGUCCGCAAGAUUGAAGACAAGGACCUCUUUGACCCGAAGAGCGUCUACGUGUCGCUGACGUCACAUGCCGAGACGUUUGGCGUUGAGCCUGUGCGCAUCAUGUGGGGCCACGAAAGCCCAGACGCCCGCGGUCCCGUCAUCGGGACGCACCGCCACGACAAGUACCGUAACGCGAUCGGCGCGCAUGGUGGCUCGUACUGCGUCUACCGCGGCUUGGCGGUUGCCGCGGGGGCCAUGGAUGCAACGUCCACGCCGGACCUCUCCAAGACAACGCCAGCGGCUAAGAUCGGCCCUUUCCCAUCGUGGGGAGACCCGGAGAAGAUUGUCACGAUUGACCCGUUUGGCCACUGCGUCUUGGAAGCCUUCCCCGAGCACUUUGAGAAGGGCUAUGACAUUCGCCCGACGAUUGCCGUGACGAAAGCGCACAUGGAUCUGCAAGAAAUCCACGAUGCAGUCCAGAAGGGCCGCUUGAAGCCCGAUGGAAAGGUCCUCAAAGACACAUGCCAGCUCGUCAUCACGAAGGCAGCUAUCGACCCGGUGUGGUACUUGCCCGGCGUCGCGAAGCGCUUCAAUACGACCGAGUCCCACCUGCGCCAAAUGAUCUUCCAAGAGACAAAUGGCAUGUACCCGGAGCUCGUGACGCGCAACGACCUCAAAAUCUUCUUGCCGCCGAUCGGUGGUCUUACCAUCUACAUUUUUGGCGACGUCAAGGCGAUCGCGGACCCGACCAAGAAGCUCGCGGUGCGCGUCCACGACGAAUGCAACGGCUCGGACGUCUUUGGCUCGGACAUUUGCACGUGCCGCCCGUACUUGACGCACGCCAUUGAAGUGUGUGUCGAGACGGCGCAGCAGGGCGGCGCCGGCGUCAUCAUUUACUUUCGCAAGGAAGGCCGCGCGCUGGGCGAAGUGACCAAGUACUUGGUGUACAACCUGCGCAAGCGCCAGGAAGGCGGCGACAGUGCGGCCGAGUACUUCAACUGCACGCAGGCCGUCGCUGGCAUCCAAGACGUUCGCUUCCAAGCGCUCAUGCCCGAUGCGCUGCACUGGCUCGGCAUCACCAAGAUUGACAAGUUUGUCUCGAUGAGCGACAUGAAGUACGACGCCAUUGUCAACUCGGGCAUUGAGAUCGUCGAGCGCAUUCCGAUCCCAGAAGAGCUCGUGCCCAAGGACGCGCAAGUCGAGAUCACAGCCAAGGUCUUGCUGGCUACAACGGCGGCAAGGUCUUCAAGAAGCUCGACAAGGAGGAACUCAAGCAGGUCAAGGGCCGCGGCGACGACGACUACGAAGCCGACGCCGCCGAGUAGGAAGCGCCUCCUAUGGCGUGUUGCUGUUUCUCGCACAACCUCGUCGUCCUUUCAACCUAUUAACCCCUUAUCGAUGCAAUUCUGGCUUUGA